CGUCUCUCCACGGCGAAGCCGUGACGUCAUCGGUCGGCAGGCGGAAGAGCGGUGUGUUUGUGUUUGUGUGAUAAAAUCCAACCGGCUGCUAAGCGUCGUCUCCAGCAGGUCGUCACCGGGACCGCGGUCACAGCCUCAGCUCGGUGCCAGGACUAAUGGCGGUUCCCGGGGGGGAGACGGGUGUUGAGAUGGACGGAGCGGCGCUGAGCGGACAGACGCUUUCCUCUCCCAGCGACAUAGACAUCGACGAGGAAGAGUUGGAGAAUAUCACGAAGAAACACCGAGAGGACGCUUCGCUGCCUCUGCACUCACCCUGGACCUUCUGGCUGGACAGGUCAUUACCGGGCACGACGGCUGCACAAUGUGAAUCCAACCUGAAGAAGAUCUACACAGUACAAUCUGUUCAGUUGUUCUGGAGUGUAUACAACAACAUCCCUUCAGCCACAGCCUUGCCUCUGAGAUGUAGCUAUCACUUAAUGCGCGGAGAACGGAGGCCACUGUGGGAAGAAGAAAGCAAUGCAAAAGGAGGAGUUUGGAAGAUGAAAAUACCAAAAGAAAGCACAUCGGCAGUUUGGAAAGAAUUGUUACUUGCUACUAUUGGGGAGCAGUUUGCAGAUUACUGUGCCUCAGAUGAUGAGGUGGUUGGGGUCAGUGUUAGUGUGCGAGAUCGGGAAGACGUGGUACAAGUCUGGAAUAAAGAUGCGUCUCUUGCAAACGAAGCAAAUAUCUUGGGAAAAGUCCGUGAACUCCUCCCGAACACAUCUUUUAGGCAGGUUUUUUAUAAGUCUCACAUGGAACAUCAUGCCUUUGAGGGAGGACGCUCAAGACGUUAGAGUGUGACGCACUUUUUAUUGUGUUUUUAAGCCUGAACUCUGUAACACUCAUAAAGGCUCUGCCCACAACCUAAUCUAGGAUAUUAUUUUGCAUUCAACAAGCAAAUGUUAUCAAUAUAUUUUUAUAACCUUUAACGACUGAUGCCUUGUUUCAUUUUCAUUUGGGUCCUGAAGCUCUGAGCUCUUCAGACAAUGUGUAAAUCUCCCCCACAGUUCAUUAGUACAUGUUGGUUUUGACUCCCUCCUAUACUGACCUGCACUGCAAUGGUCCUGCUCUCUGUACAGGCCAUUGACCUCACAACUAGGAUCAUGUAUAGAGGUAACAGCUACAUAACCUAGUAUGUUUUUAACUGUUUUAUUUAGUGCCAAAGCACUUUUUAGUGUCCCCGGCUGGAGUUUUCCACUUCUGAGGAUUGCGUUUUCCCUUUAUCUACGGUUAUAUGUCGGUGUAACAUGUCAAAUUAUGUCAGAAAAAAAGAUGUGGCAACGGUCAUUGAGUCAGUGCAGCAUGUUUCUUUAAAGUAAAGAACUUAAAAAAAUGUAACACUGACCUCACAUGAUUGAUCCUUUCUUUUCUGAUAAAAAUCAACUUUAACAGAGAUAGUGCAAACAUGUAUUUUUCACAUAUUUUUCCAGAUCUCUUUGCAAGUCAUUUUAUGUGACACUUCAUCACCCAGUCUGAGACACAAAGUUGACACAAAGUUGACACAAAGUUGACACACAGUUACUAUUACUUUAUUACAGCGUAGGCUCCAGUAAACUGGAGGCCUCAUGUUAUUGUAUGUCACACCACUUUUAUAGUUCAACUUUGGACUGGUUGAUGAGUUGGUUAUAAGGGGAUGACAUUUCUUUGUAAACAGGAUUUUUGUAGUGUUAAGGACAAAGUGAAUAAAAUGUAAAUUAAAAGAAAUGUUCUUA